AUGUCACCUAAAUUAAAAUGGAAAUAUUCUUUCGAGGAAAGUUUCGAAGAUGUUGAUCUAUUUAACUCCGAUUUGCAAGAUUCCAAUGAGUAUAAAAUUAAACUUCUUGAAGAAACUCGCCAUCACGUCCAAAAUCGAAUUGAAGCAACCAUGAGACGUACCAUUGACUUAAUAAGGGAGUCCAAUGAGAUGGGAAUAAAUACUUUGGAAGAAAUAGCAAGAGAACAAGAACAAUUAGCACAAAUUGAUAAACGUUUGGAGGAAAUAAAACCAACUGCAGCAACCCAUCGAGCCCCUAUUAAGAUGAUUAAAUCGGUUUUUAGUGGUUUAAAGAAUUUUAUUUGGGGAAAAAGUGAUCAUCUUGAAAAAUAUGAUUUGGAAGAGUCUCAUAAUUGUAGUUUGCAAGAAACUUUAAAGGACUAUGAUUGUUUUGAGGAUUAUUAUGAAUUAUCACAAAGUGAAGUUAAAGAUUUACCUCUUAAUCAAAUAAUGAAUAAAAAUUUUUGUAAAUCUACGCUUGAUGCCCAAUUUGAAGAGAUUAGAUUUAAUUAA